GGGGAGGCUGGGAAGAAGGGUCUGUUGUGUGUAGGCCGACUUGGAAGUAAAACACGCACAAUCACUGCAUCAGAUACAAAUGUCCUGUCGAGUGAGACGCUACGCAUUCCACCGGAAUACUAUGUGUCGCUGGACCACGAUGACAUGAGAAAAAAUAGCGGAUGUUCUAGAAAAUGCCGUCCUGAGCGACUAAUUUUGAAGUCGCGCGAAUGCCGCAUUUCUUCUUCGCUCCGUACCUGGCGGCAGCUGGCGACAAUAACAAAACACACACAUUGUGUUUCAAAAGAGUGGACCGUUGCUGUACUAACACUCACGGAACAAAUGACUUCGCUGUACCCGGCUGACAAUAUUUGCAGUGGGCUAUUUUCUCUGGUUAUCUAGGCAAGAGGCCCAGACGCGUCUCCAGGUUGCAGUGUUUGGUGCUCUUAGCACAUGCUAACGUUUCACUUGAUAUUUGUGUAAGGAUAAGUGGUCCCACUACAUGCAACAGCAAUUGACACUCCUUUGAAAACUUGAGUUGAGUAAUGGUAGGCCUAACAUCUUAAUUUAGCCAACGCGUAAGCGACAGACUAAUGUUAAGCCCACGUCAUGGUUUUGUCGGAUACAGUUUAGAAUUAGGCUACUCUCGGUGGUUAAGUAGCAGUGAAGAAAGACGCACUUGGCCAAGGCUAUUUAGUGGAGGGGAAACCCUAAUCCUGUGCUUCGUAGAAGCCUUCACCACGGCUACCUAACUUCAUCACUCGGUCGAAUCCUUAUGACAUUUGGCCGCUUAUUUCCCAGAACUCUUCAGUGUGGUGUUCUAUGUCAGUCAAGGCCAAAUGCGGCCCAGCAGUGACGUGAUUAUGGGAUCUCUGUAAGAAUAUCUGCUAACUAUUUCAUUAACCACAACCAGCGACAUAAAGUGAGAAGGCAUAGGCUACUAACGUGUAUGACAACUGAAGGCCACAGCUGUUGCUGAUACAUGGUGACAGGGAAAGAAACUGAAUUGAACAGGCUAAUAAUUGGCCUAUUCUUACUAGGCUUCCUUCUUGUCAGAGACCUCGACAUGUACAGUUAAUCCUGCAGUAUGCUUGUGUGGAGUGUUAGGACUUACAAGUUGUAAGUGGACUAUAACCGCCUGAUAGAAAGCUCAUAGACAUACUCCAAUCACCCAGUCUGUGAUGAAGAUGAGAGACAGGCACCACCUGAUGCUGAAGGGCGCAGAUAGAAUGCAUGGAACGGACUCAAAUACAACAGCUUGUUAAGCACUCUCCAGAUGGGUCUGUUUCUGGCACACUCACCAUCAUAGCUCUGAUUGAACCUGAGGACACCCCCCCACCCCCUGUCCCACUCCAGCGUUGCUGCGGACUCAACGUCACUUCCUGUCAGUCUCUCUGAAUAUAUUUUAGAUGCUGUAUCUACGCCACGGGUGGCACUCCUGACAAAUUCCCUGUGAAGUUUUUUUGACUGUGCCAUGCGCUACCCUCGCCAGCAGCUACUGCCCACAUAGUCACCAAGAGGUUGCUCCGCCUCCUGAUUCCGUCCUCUUUGCCCACCCCCAGAGGAUGCUGGGACUGUGUCGUGGGCGCAGGAAGUUCCUGGCCUUCUCCCUCGCCCUGCUCUUCAUCCCAGCUCUCACCUGGCUCUACCUCUCCGUCGGCAACCUCCAAGUGAGGCACCUCCCCCUGUCGCCCCUGGAGCCCCAGUCCUCCCCUCUGAUUGGUGGAGGCGGGGAGCGACAGGCGCUGGAGCUGCGCGUGCGCGAGGUGGAGGAGGAGAACCGCGCCCUGAGGAAGGAGCUCAGCCAGCCCCCCCGCAGCCCCUCCCGCCCGCACCAAACGGGCCACCAUGGCAACCGCUCCUCCGCGCACUCCAAUGAGGAAGGCACGGGCGACAGCGAGAGCCAGCGGGCCGCCGCCAGCAACGGUUCGGAGUGCGCGCAACAACCUGUGGUCGAUAAGUGUGAGACAAUCCAUGUGGCUAUCGUGUGUGCGGGCUACAAUGCUAGCAGGGACGUGGUGACUCUGGUCAAGUCUGUCCUCUUCCACAGGCGCAACCCGCUGCACUUCCACUUCAUCACGGACUCCAUCGCCCAGCGCAUCCUGGCCUCCCUCUUCCACACCUGGAUGGUGCCGGCCGUGCGGGUCGACUUCUACGACGCCGACGAGCUGAAGUCUGAAGUGUCCUGGAUCCCCAACAAGCACUACUCGGGCAUCUAUGGGCUCAUGAAGCUGGUGCUGACCAAAGCGCUCCCCUCUGACCUCAAGCAGGUCAUCGUGCUCGACACCGACAUCACCUUCGCCACCGACAUCGCCGAGCUCUGGGCCGUCUUCCACAAGUUCAAAGGGCAGCAGGUUCUGGGUCUGGUGGAGAACCAGAGUGACUGGUACCUGGGGAACCUGUGGAAGAACCAUCGGCCAUGGCUGGCACUGGGCAGAGGCUUCAACACAGGUGUGAUACUGCUCCUUCUGGAUCGUUUGAGGAAACUCAGAUGGGAACAGAUGUGGAGGCUGACCGCAGAGAGAGAACUAAUGAGUAUGCUGUCCACCUCACUAGCAGACCAGGACAUCUUCAACGCGGUGAUCAAACAGAACCCCUUCCUGGUGCACCAGCUGCCCUGCUUCUGGAACGUUCAGCUGUCGGAUCACACCCGCUCCGAGAAGUGCUACAAAGACGUGGCAGACCUCAAGGUGAUCCACUGGAACUCCCCUAAGAAGAUGCGUGUGAAGAACAAGCACGUGGAGUUCUUCCGGAACCUCUACCUGACGUUCCUGGAGUACGACGGGAACCUUCUGAGACGGGAGCUCUUCGGCUGCCCCAGCGAGACCGACCACAACAGCGAGAACCUUCAGAAGACUCUGUCGGAGCUGGACGAGGAUGACCCGUGCUACGAGUUCCGGCGGGAGCGCUUCACCGUGCACCGCACGCACCUCUACUUCCUGCACUACGAGUACGAGCCCAGCGCUGACAACACCGACGUCACACUGGUGGCCCAGCUCUCCAUGGACAGGCUCCAGAUGCUGGAGGCCAUCUGUAAGCACUGGGAGGGCCCCAUCAGUCUGGCUCUCUACCUGUCGGACGCCGAGGCCCAGCAGUUCCUGCGCUACGCCCAGGGCUCCGAGGUGCUGAUGAGCAGGAGCAACGUGGGCUACCACAUCGUCUACAAGGAGGGCCAGUUCUACCCCGUCAACCUGCUGCGCAACGUGGCCAUGAGGCAGGUCAACACGCCCUACAUGUUCCUGUCCGACAUCGACUUCCUGCCCAUGUACGGCCUGUACGAGUACCUCAGGAAGUCUGUGGUGCAGUUGGACAUGGGCAGCACCAAGAAGGCUCUAGUGGUGCCGGCGUUCGAGACGCUCCGGUACCGCCUGUCUUACCCCAAAUCCAAAGCUGAGCUGCUGUCCCAGCUGGACAUGGGCACUCUCUUCACCUUCAGGUAUCACGUGUGGACGAAAGGCCACGCCCCCACCAACUUUGCCAAAUGGCGGACGGCCACCACGCCCUAUCGCGUGCAGUGGGAGUCGGACUUUGAGCCGUACGUGAUGGUGAGGAGGGACUCCCCGGAGUACGACCGGCGAUUCGUGGGCUUCGGCUGGAACAAGGUGGCCCACAUCAUGGAGCUGGACGCCCAGGAGCAUGAAUUCAUCGUCCUGCCCAACGCCUUCAUGAUCCACAUGCCGCACGCGCCCAGUUUCGACAUCACCAAGUUCCGUUCCAACAAGCAGUACCGCGUCUGCCUCAAGACGCUCAAGGAGGAGUUCCAGCAGAACAUGUCUCGACGCUACGGCUUCGCCGCGCUCAAGUACAUGACGGCCGACAACAACAGCUAGCUCUACCCAUCCAUCCGAAACCUUCGCCACGCAGCCCCCC